ACUCCACCACACACACAAAACAUGUCUCCAGUUUCAAUUGCAAUUAUUGGUCUUAAUGGUUCCUUAGGUAAACCAACCCUUGAAGCUAUCAAUUCCGGUAAAUUCGACAGUAAGAUCAAAUUUCCAAUUAAGGCAUUAACCAGAAAGGCCCAAACUUCCACAGACAAGAUUCAGUAUAUUCAAACUGAAAUCACACCAGACACGAUUGAUUCAAUUGUCGAGAAAUUGAGGGGCACUGAUGUUAUUAUUGAGUUGGUUUCUCAUAACCCUGAUUUGCUCAAUACUAUUGAACCAAUAAUUGUAAAAUCUCAACCAAAGUUAUUCAUUCCAUCCCAAUUUGGUUCUGAUCUUGCAACGAUGAACAAGUACAUCCCAGGUUUCCUUGGUUUUAAGAAUGCUCAUUCCGAAAAUGUUAGAAAGGCUGGUAUUAAAUCUGUCGAUAUCGUGACUAACUUCUUUGCUGAACCUAGCAAGUUCUUGUAUGAAGUUGUUGGCCAUGUUGGUAUUGAUCCAGCUAACAAGUCUAUUCUUCAGCUCGGUGAUUUAAAUACUAGAGUUGCAUUUACUAGAGUUGAGGAUAUUGGAAAUGUUAUAGUGGCUGUUGCCACCACUGCUCCUGAAUCACUUCCAGACAAAAUCAGAGUUAAAUCUGGUUCUAUUUCCUAUCAAGAUGCAAUUGACAGAUAUGAACAAACACAUAAUGUUAAAUUGGAAGUUAAGGAAAAGUAUACUGUUGAAGAAGCCAAGCAGCAAUUGUCAGAAAAGUUAGCUAAAGGUUUCAAUCCUGCUGAUUUCCUUUGGUAUUUACAUGUUGGUGGUGCUACUGGUGAUCUUAAUUAUGAUGAUGAUAAUGAGUUAAUUAAUCCAAAUCAAUUCUUAUGGAAAUGGACUGAAUAUUAGUAUAACAUUUAGGUUUAUAUAUUUUGAUAUAUAUGUAUAACCAC